AAACAAUUUAUAACAGUACUUAAAAAUUAAAGCUUUGUAAAUUUUAGAAAUCAGUGUCAGUGUAUGGCAAUUGACAUUGGGUAAAAUAUAUUUAAAAUUCUAUGAUUUAAUAAAAAAUUUUCAGUGUAGAAUACUCUAGAUGCAUUAAAAUAGUCGAAUAAAUUUUAUUUUAUUAAACUACUGAUUUCAUAAUAGAAUAUUCUCAAUUGAUAGACCAGGUGUCUUCAGUUAUGGUGCCAACUAAGAAAACAGUUACUAUUGUAAACAUCGGUCUUUUAUUAAUCACUAUUUUUGUUUGGUCGUAUGUUGUUGCUGCUGCUCAAAUGAUCCACGAACAAACGUCGUCUUGUAAUUAGUGAAUUAUCAUAUUUAGCUUAAAGAAGUCCUUUACUAAUUUUCUUGGUUGCGUAAACUAAACAUGGAAUCAACUACUGUUGAAAAACCAAUUAAUCAAAAGUCAUCAUUUGAUUUAUCUUUUAAAACAAAAUUAAAAGAAAUUAAUGACAUGUUAAUUAGUAUUGAAAACAAUUGUAUCAAAACCGAUAAUUUCCAUGAUAUUUUACAAAAAAUUAAUGAGCUUCAAGAGUUCUUAAAUGAUUCCAAAACAUUUUUACCUGCUUAUAAUAUGAAGAAGUGUUCUAAUGAAAUCAAAGACAUUACGAAGUCUUAUGAACAAUUGCAUGACAAAUUACAGCCCAAGAAAAAAUUUACUUUUGGUAAACGACCAACUAAAACAGUAGUUAAAACUAAAGUCGAAGACAAAUUUGAACCAAUAGAUGAAUCAAAAGUCUAUAAAGAAGAUUUAGGAUUUAAAAAUCGUUCUAAUGAAAAUCUAAUACUCUCAGAGGAUGAAACUUUUUCAAAAGAUAUAGCUUUAGACGUAUUGACCAAUUGCAAUGUCAUUAUUUGUGGUACACCUAGUACUGUGCGUGUGACAUCAUUGUCAACGUGUAAAAUAUUUACAUGUGCAAGCACAUCAAUAUUUGUGGAAAACUGUAAAGAUUCUAUAUUUGUAUGCGCAUCUCAACAAUUACGUAUUCAUGAUACUUUUGCAACUGAUUUUUAUAUUUACGUUACUAGUAGCGCUAUAAUAGAAAACUGUAAACAAUUAAGAUUUGCUCCACUUACUCUCAGUAGCCUAAUACUUAAAAAGUCAUUUGAAAUAGCUAAUUUUGAUGAAUCUAAUAAUAAUUGGAAAAUUAUAAAUGAUUUUGAUUGGUUGUCAUCUUACGAGUCAUCGCCAAAUUGGUGUGAAAUACCAGAAGAAGAACGCGAUCAACCUUCAGAAAACAAUUAUGUUUAGUAUAAUAUUAUGUUAACAUUUUUUUUUUUUUAAUUUCCAUAUAAAACACAACUUUAAUAAAAUAUAUU